ACUGCUCUUCCCUUUCGUCUCCUUAUUGUUUCUCUCUCUCUCUCUCUCUCUCUCUCCGCUACCCAAAAGAACGAAGCCUUCAACUUGAAGCACACCACUUGAUUUUCUUGUAUUAUCUCUGUCUCUGUGGAUCUGAGUGUGAGAUCCAAAAAAGCCCCAAGAAAUUUUCCGGAAAAAAACUCAUUUUUCUUCUUCAAGUUUUGGUUUUUUUUUUUUUUUUUUUUCCUUAUGCAACUUUUUGUUCUAUACUGAGCAGGAGAAAUAGUGAUCAUCGCCUUGUUUAAGAGUGAAGACUCUCCAAGAUUUUAGCUUUCUCCGCUGACAAAAACUAAGAGCAUCGAUCUGCAAAUUCUGUCUUCCAGCUGCGUUUAGACCCUUCCGUCAUUUCCUUUGGCUGUUCUCUGACUUAAAAAAGAAACAUAUUCAAGUAUAAUCCCUCUUUUUUGUCCAAAAGUUGCGUGCUUUUUUCUACCCCAGAAAAUACUCCUUAAAUUUUGCUUCUUCUUUGCUCAACGUUUUAUCUUCUUUUCUGCCUCUUCUUUGGAUUUCAGAAUGAGGGUUUUUGAAUUAAUGAUGAAUUGAGCUUGGUUUCUCUCCUGGAUACUUUCCUAUUUCAGUGGAAGUUGAGUUCUGCUUUACUGGGUUAAUUGUGGCUGUUGAGCGCUUUCUUUCAGUUAUUGCUUUGAAGAGUUCUGAGAGUUCGCUUUCUUUCAAUUAGUGAUGCAGCCUGAUCAGCGUAGAAAGUCUACUGUAGAUGUGGACUUUUUCACAGAGUAUGGUGAAGGAAGUAGGUACAGAAUAGAAGAAGUAAUUGGUAAAGGGAGCUACGGUGUUGUUUGCUCUGCAUAUGAUACGCAUACUGGAGAAAAGGUUGCAAUUAAAAAAAUCAAUGACAUAUUUGAACAUGUUUCAGAUGCUACCCGCAUCCUUCGUGAAAUCAAACUUCUGAGACUCCUCCAUCAUCCAGACAUUGUUGAGAUCAAGCACAUUCUGUUGCCUCCUUCUCGAAGGAAUACACGUGCUGGUGCACAGAUACUAAGUAGCCUUGUACUCUUAAGUAUCUCUUGUCCACUGACUUUUCUUCUAUCAACUAUUGUGACUUUCUUUCUUUCUUUUCUUUUUUUCUCUUUCCAGUACACACCAGCAAUUGAUAUAUGGAGCAUUGGGUGCAUCUUUGCAGAACUUUUAACAGGGAAACCUCUUUUCCCUGGGAAGAAUGUCGUCCAUCAAUUGGAUCUGAUGACUGAUCUGUUGGGUACACCAUCUCCUGAAGCCAUUGCGAGGGUGCGCAAUGAAAAAGCUCGAAGAUACUUGAGCAGCAUGAGGAAAAAGAAGGCCAUUCCUUUCUCCCAGAAGUUUCCUAAUGCAGAUCCACUUGCACUCCGACUUCUUGAGAAAAUGUUGGCAUUUGAACCUAAGGAUAGACCUACUGCUGAAGAGGCCCUUGCAGAUCCAUAUUUUAAGGGCUUGGCCAAGGUUGAAAGAGAGCCUUCUGCUCAACCAGUUACCAAGAUGGAAUUUGAGUUUGAGAGGAGAAGGAUAACAAAGGAAGAUGUAAGAGAAUUUAUUUACAGAGAGAUUCUUGAGUACCAUCCUAAAAUGCUGAAAGAAUACCUGGAAGGCUCAGAGCCAACAAGCUUUAUGUAUCCAAGUGCCGUGGACCAUUUUAAGAAACAGUUUGCCUAUCUUGAGGAGCACUAUGGAAAUGGUGUAGCUGUACCUCCACCUGAAAGGCAGCAUGCAUCAUUACCAAGGCCAUGUGUGUUAUAUUCUGACAACUCAGUCCAGAAUUCUGUGGAGGUGGCAGAUGAUCUUUCCAAAUGUUCCAUCAAAGAAACUGAGAAAUCACAUAUGGAGAGGAGUUGCGGCAUCCCAAUGACAAGACUUCCUCUUCAAGUUCCUCAAUCGAUCCAAGGAGCUGCAAGACCUGGAAAGGUUGUUAGCUCAGUGUUACGUUACAAUAAUUGUGGAGCAGCAGCAGCAGCGGAAGCACUUGAACAAAGAAGGAUAGCCCGGCACCCAUCUGGCUCAACUCAAUAUAAUGGUGCGGGCUUUUCAUAUCCGAGAAGGAAUCCACCCUGUAAAAAUGAGAGGGGAGAUAACGAAGGUGCUGAAGGUCCCAACGGAUUGCAAUCAAAGUCUCAAUACGUGGUAAGGAAAGUUGCUGCUGCACAAGGUGGAUCUGGAAGUCACUGGUACUGACCACAUGAGAAUUUUGCUUAAUCAGACUCAAAUGGCAUGGUAUUCAACUACUACUACACGACAUCCCAUUUUGAGCAGCUCUCGAAUGGGAUCCAUCGGAUGCUAGUUAUAGAUCUUCUCAGUGCCAUAUAUCAUUGCGGUGCUUAAACAAAAUUAAGUUUGCUACUUAUCUUGGAGAACUUUGGCUUCAAAUUGUUUAUAUCACUAAUUUGAAAGAACGCAACGCAUCCUGGAAGUUGCUGUUGUCCUCGCGUUGCUUCCUGAUCCGGAUCAGUGAUGGGUACCGGAAGACACUCUGAUCACGAAUGUUGAAAGGGCCAAGUAAUUCAUUGAACUUGCAAAGUCUAAUUAUUCCCUUGUUCUUCACAAAAUAGGAGCUAUUUUACCUUUUUUCCCCAAUGUUGUAUCCUAAAGAAAUAUUUGAAGUGCCUCUAUUUUGUUCCCUUUCAGAUGAACAAGUUUAAUGACCAGGAGAAUUAAUGUAAGUUACAAUUUGGCUAAAUGCUAGCAUUUGAUGUUAAGAGGCUGGAAAUUGAUGUUGCAGGAUAAUAUACUGAGUUACAAUUAAAAUGCAUUAA